UAUAUAAAUUUUAUAACAAAAUACAAUUUGCGCAGAGUGACAUUAAACUGCCAUCAGUCAUCAACAUCAUCAGUCAAAUCGUUAAAGAAUUUAAAAUGAAAUUUUGUAUAUUUAUUUUCCUUAUUAUUGCGUUAAUGGCCUCCCUUACGCAUUUCGCUGCUGCCAGCCCAAUAUUGGAAAAUAUUCAAAGUAAUAAUGAAAUUGAUAUAAAGAAUCCUUUAGUGAAUCCACCAAAAGAAUGUCAAGCUAUAGGAGGACCCUGUUUUUAUUCCGAUGAAUGCUGUGGCAAACGUUGUCACUUUUAUGCCCACAAGUGUACAACGUUUUAAAAUGAAAUUUUAUAUUUUGAUUUUCCUUAUUGUUGCGAUAUUGGCCGCCUUUAUUCCUAUCGCUCCAGCUAACCCAAUAUUGGAAAAUGUUGAAACGUAUAACGAAAUUGAAAAUCAAACAUGUACACCGAUUGGAGGAAGAUGUUAUUAUUCAGAACAAUGCUGUAGCAAAAGAUGCCUUACAUAUGCAGCCAAAUGUGUUAGUUGAAUUAUUGUUAAGUAAACGAAAAUGAAUUACAUAUUAUUAAAUAAUUUUCUCCUAAUAAAGGAAACACAUUUUCAAUAU